AUGCCUCUUCGCCCCCAGAUAGUAGACGCCCUGAUUAUAGGCGGCGGCCCUGCUGGCCUAGCCGCCUCCUUAGCCUACGCCCGCACGCGCACCACAGCCAUAGUCUUCGACUCACAGUCCUAUCGGAACGAAGGCAUAAAACACAUGCACACCGUUCCCUCGCGCGACCACGUCAACCCCUACGAGUUCCGCAGCAUAGCCCGCGAGCAGAUCACAUCGCGUUACCCCAGCGUCUGGUUCGAGAAAGUCACGGUCACGCAAGCCGAGAAGAAGCUUCUAGGAGAGGAGAAGUACGAGGGCUUCGAGGUGACUGACAGCGAGGGAAAAAGCUACCAGGGGAAAAAGUUGAUUCUUGCGACUGGGUCGAGGGAUGUGUUUCCGGAAAUUGAGGGGUUUAAGGAGAAUUGGCCGCAGCAUAUCUAUCAGUGUCUUGCGUGCGACGGGUUUGAGCAGCGAGGUACACCGAUUGGUGUCCUCGAUUGCAGUCCGAAGACGGCACACUUCACCAAUAUGACGCUGAACUUUGAUUCGCGCGUCACAGUACUGACGAACGGCCCUGUCCCGGUCAAUGCGGCGAUCAAGCAGCAAUUGCGCAUUUGCGAAGCUUGGGGCGCGAAGGUCGAUUCGAGGAGGAUCAAGCGACUCAUCAACAAUGGUCCCACGCACAAGGAAGGCGUCACAGUGGAAUUCGAAGAGGGCGAGACGCUCACUUUUGGCUUCAUUGCACACAAAUCAGCUACAGUGAACAAAUCACAGGAUCUGAUCGAUCAGUUGGGAGUGGAAUGCGUGGAUCCCGCCUUGGGUGGACAUAUCAGGAUAGUCAACCCGAUGUUCAAUUCGACAAGCGUUAAAGGUUGUUUUGCGGGUGGAGAUACGAUGCAGGCAAUGAAACAAGUCACCAUUUCGAUGGCGGACGGUCUCAAAGCCGCAGCGGGAGCUGGUAUGGAGAUUGCUGCCGAGCGGGAAUUGGCUACCUUGAAGAUGCUGGAGAAACAGGAUAUCAAUGCGAGUAUGAUUGGCACCGCUCUAGAGAGCCCUGAUGCGGCUAUGAUGCUGAGUAGUGGAGACAGCAAAGCCGCGAGCUAA